AUGCCAUUUACCAACGAAAAGGGUCCAAAGGGCGCCACUAACGGACUUCCUCUCCCAGCAACCAGCCCCCGCGCGCGCAUGUUCAAGAUGAGCGUCGGCCCUGAUGGUGGACCCCCACUUCUCCCCUCCAGGAACCCACCUAGCUUCUCCAUCUUUGACAUCUUCCCUUUCACAAUGUUGGUCAAGCCACUUACCAAGCGAGGAGUCAAGCUCAGUGGAAAGACUGCUGCAAAAGCCAGGGCAAAGAUGGGAUACGGCCGCAACGACCGUGAUGAUGUUAUCUCGCACAACAUUCCCCUGGAAGUUUCCCUCUACUUGGUCUGCGACGUGCCCACUAUCAACUUGCUGCUCAACUCGCUCAACGCCAUGGUUGAUGCCUUGACUGGUUUGGAGCGCAUUCUUACCACCCCUAUCCCCUUCUCCUACUCUAUCCACUUGUGGACCGUAACUCUCUUGUAUUGCGCUGCUUUGCCAUUCCAAUUGGUCAAGACUAUGAGCUGGCUUACCAUCCCUGCUACUGCCAUCGCUACAUUCGUCUUCACUGGUUUCGUCGUUGCUGGCGAGGAAAUUGAAGAUCCAUUCGGCUUUGAUAGGAACGAUCUCAACCUUGACCACUUUACUGCCAACAUCAUCAGGGUCGAACUCGCAUCCAUCACCUCUGUUCCAGUUCCUGAUCCCGCGAAAUGGGCCUUUGUCCCCGAGAAUGAUCACUUGUUCACUCGCGACAUGCCAUAUGGUCAAGCUCCCACUCCAGAAGAUUGGGUCAAGAAGGGUGUUAUGGAAAUGAGAAUGCAGUUGGCCAGAGGACUCUCUCAUGACGCGACGGAGAACCCUGCACCCAAACCGCACAAGAACAGGAAGGGAGAUCUUGGUGGUCAUCAGGAAUCUGCGCCUGUAGCUAGCUCUGCUGGUGCUGUAGGUGCCGCUGGUGCUGCCGGAGGUGCUGCUGGUGAUUCUGCUGCUGGUGGAGGAAUCGGUGGCGAAUAG